AUGGGAAACCAACAAGGAAAAACUAAUAAAAGAAGUUAUGCCAACAAAAUCGAUUGGACCAGAGCUGAACGACCGACGCCUCCUGGAAAACCAUUUUUGAUACCGGAAAAAAAUAAUAAAUAUACGGAUGUGAUAACGAUUCGAUGGUCGCCACCUUUGGACGACGGUGGAGCUCCCAUAAUCGGUUACGUUGUCGAACAUAGAAGAACUGGGUCGCCGCAUUGGCUUCGUGCAACGCCUCACUUGGUAAUCGAUACGGAAUUACCAUUGACCGGAUUGGAACCAGGAUGGAGGUAUCAGUUUCGGAUAAGUGCGGAAAACGAAGUCGGAAAAUCCGAUCCCGGUGAAUUAUCGGAACCGUUGACCGUGACGCCGCAAAAAUCCGCAGCUUCCGCUCCUUUUUUCAACAUAGAAUUGGAAGAUAAAAUCGGUUUGGAAAAUGAAAAAGUCGAGUUUAAAGUUCACGUCAUUGGCGUACCGUCACCGUCGAUAUCUUGGUAUAAAGACGGUUUUGAAAUUUUUAGCAGCAGGAGAACGAAAAUAAUUACCGAAGAGGACUACAGCACUUUUAUCAUACAUCAGGCUGCGUUGGAAGACGAGGGAGAAAUCAAAUGCACGGCAACGAACAGAGCUGGUCACGCCGUCACCAAAGCCACGCUAAAACUUCAAGCUCCGCCGAGAAUAAGGUUACCACGACAGUACGAAGAUGGUUUGAUAUUUAAAAUGGGAGAUUCUAUAAGGUUAAAAAUAACGACAGCCGGAAGACCCAAACCCGAAGUAAAUUGGUACCACAACGGUGAAAUGAUAGAAAAAAAUGAUAGGAUAGACAUAGUUAAUUCGGAAACGGGUUCUAUGCUUAAAAUAGACAACGCCUGUAGGAAUGACAGGGGAGAAUAUGUUAUUGUGGGAGUUAACAAAAUAGGAGAUGACACAGCAUCUUUUUUAGUAACCGUUACAGAUCGACCCUUGCCACCGGGAAAUGUACGAGUAACUUUGGAAGGUAAAAAUGUUAAUCUGACAUGGACGUGUCCAGAAGAUGACGGAGGUUGCAAAAUAGGAAGUUUUAUAAUAGAAUAUUUUAGGGUUGGAUGGGACAUGUGGCUAAAAGCUAAAAACAGUCGUCAGUUAUUCGUCACUUUGGAAAAUCUUAUAGAAGGUUCACAAUACAAAUUUAGAAUCAGAGCGGAAAAUCCCUACGGCAUGAGCGAUCCGAGUGAAGAAUCCGAAUUAAUAUUUAUACCGGAUCCGAAACGUGGAUUAUUACAUCCUCCACCGAUAAUGGGAGAAAUGUCGAAAAUAAUAACGCGAAGCGAUGAAAAUUUCGAAAGGAAAAAAACAAAAGAUGAAAAAAAUUACAUCAAACGACAAUUGUUGGAAGAAAAAGCAAAAAAAUUAUUAGAUACUCCUCUGUCGGAAUUGUUGUUGUCUCAAAAUAAUAAUAAUAAUAUAGAUUCGGAAAUGUCGACUGAAUCCAUUCCCGUUUUUUCCGGUCAAGAAAAUUUACCGCCGACCGUUCCGAGAAGGAAAAAUAAAGGAAAAAAAAGAUUGAAUUUAAAUCCUGCAGUUGCGGACGAGGAUGGGAUUGAUAAGAGGGCAAAACUUAAUCCCGAACAUCCCGAGGAUUUCGAGGAUAAAAGGGAUUCGGUUGGGAAAAUGCAUUUUGAUGACGUUUUUGAUUCCAAUAAUAAAGUCGACGGUCCUAAAAUGUCUUAUUAUUUUCAAGAAAAACAACCUCACGCCCUCGAGACGCCCCUAUACCCGAGAGAAAAUGACGACACGAUAAUGCACGGAAGUUCUGAGCUCAUGCUUGUUUUAUACCCACGUGAUCGUUCGAAAAGUGUCGAACUCAGUCCUCAACAACGUUUGGACAUAGAAAGAAGUUUGAGAGAGGAUGUUGUUCCACCUCCGAUGUCUUUAUCCGCACCCGAAUUGAGUCUGACUGAAAAUUUUGAAAUGCCACCGUUGCGUAACGCGGUUAGUUCGACGGAAUUACUCUACGAAAAAACCACAGAACGACUUUAUCAGUAUUCACUCCUUGACGAUCAAACACCGACGGUCGUAAGACGACAGCAACAAGGCGGAGAUAAAAAAUCAUCAUUGGAAAAGAGGUCCAGUCUGAAAGAAGCCAUUUUAGAAAGACGACUUAGUUUGAGAGACUCGCAAAUGGAAAAUUUGAACGCUAAAGAAAAUACAACGGAAAACGAGAGUCGAUCGAAAAGUUCUGACGUGCAACCGCCACAAACCAUCCCGAAGAAAAAACCUAAAAAUGAAAGGUUGAAUUCGGUGGAAAAAGAAAGGAUAGAAUUUGCAUUGGUGAGAGAAAGGUUACAAAAGAAAAAAGAUGAAAAACGUUAUCAUUUGUUUGGAUCUACCGAUACGACGACAACGACAACAACAACAACAACAAAUUCGAGUUCGUACGAAUUUGAAAUAACUGAUGAAGACGAACCAAAAAUUUAUAAAAAUAAAUACGCGAGCGGAGAAGAAGAAGAAGAGGAAGAGGAAGAAGGAGAAGAAGAAGAAAGUAAAAAGUAUCUACCAAAUCAUAAAAUGUUAAAUUUAAAAACUUCCAUGUCGGACACAAUUAUUUUUCCACCAAUCAAAAAAAAUUCUUCGCCAUUUAAAAAAGAACCGGAAAUACGAGGGAAAAAUGAUAACGCUCAUAAAAAUCAAAUAUCAAAAAGUUUACCCAUUUUCAACGCGAAAACAAAAGAUGAAGAAGAUGGGGAGGAGGAGGAGGAACUCGUACGACGAAUUCCACAACAAAAGAAAAUUAAAAAAGCGACAACGAAAUUAUUUAAGAAAAUAGGUUUGAAAAAGAGUAAAAAAGUACCGGAAGUAACGGUGACGCCGGCGGAUCCGAGUCUUCCACUACCCAAACCCAUUCUUAAAAACCCGAAAACAAUAUUACCAACUCAAAAACAAAAUUCAUCGAUGAGUAAUUUAGCGGUGAGAUCAAGAAAUCCCUCUGAUAAAUCGAUGAGCGAAGACGAUUCGGAAAGUGAAUUUCCGGGUAAGAAGAAAAAAGUAAGGAUAUCGGAACCCAACGAAAAAGAAAAAGAAGCAGAAGAAAUCAAGGAAAAAUCCAUGGAUGCCAAUUCUGUCGAAAAUCAAGUAUUGAUUUUUCAUUACAAUGAUAUACUCAAAGAAUUUGGAAGUAAUAAAGGACCCCCUAAAAAAUCCACGAAAACGUCACAAAAUUUUCAAGUUAAAUUGAGUGAUGAAAAAGGGGAUUCCCCGGUUGAAAAUCCGAAAGGAUCGAAACAAGGGGAAAACGUUAAGGGAUCACCGAUACCACCUAAAUCGUCGCCGUCGUCAUCGGUGUCGAACCUCUUAAAAUUUCAACUCCAUCGCCAUCGAACCCGUCGAAAUCGAAUUCCGGAGUCGCUCCGAAAUUUUCAUAUUUCGAAUAUUUAA